GUUCAAUUACAGCCAGGCCGGAGACUUUCUCUUUCUCUUUCCUCCUCAUCAACCUACCGCCGGCGCCGGCGAGUUCCCCGCCGGCAUAUCCUUCCACGUGGAACCUACCAUCUCUCUCUAUCUCUCUCUAGUCUCGACUGCAAAUCGCAGUUCAACUUUUACUUUUUCUUCUCUCAAAUCUCUACAAACGAGAUAUUCCUUCUUUCUCUCUCUUAUUUCUCUGAAAUCCGUCCAAUCCGGCGAUACGGACGGCUACUGCUACUACUAUUCUACUCUUUUUACACAUUACGCAGCGAUUAUUGCUUGACUGAGCCGUUAAAGUUGCCUGCCUAGAGAGAGAGGGGGAAGUUUCAGAGCUUCAGAAGCUGUCGAUGCAUUUAUUGCCGUUGGAUCAACCUUCGUGAUUCGCGUCAGCUCUCUUUGCAGGGAUUUGAAGCUGUAUAAUCCGAGGUUUUUACUCGAUUGACCGUCAAGUUUGAGGUGUUCGUUCAAUUGUCUAGAUAUAAACAGAUAAAAAAUGUCUGGUCCACUCGAUCGGUUUGCGAGACCUUGCUUUGAAGGGUCUUUUGGUAAUGAAGAGAGGAGAGAAAGAAAGUCCGACUUUGAGUGCUCUGAGGAUGAAAGGAGGACAAGAAUUGGUUCUUUGAAGAAGAAAGCCUUAAAUGCAUCAACCAAAUUCAAGCAUUCUCUAAAGAAGAAGAGCAGUAGAAGGAAGAGUGAUGGUCGGGUUAGCUCUGUGUCUAUAGAGGACGUUCGAGAUGCAGUGGAGCUACAAGCUGUUGAAUCAUUUCGCCAGGCAUUGAUAUUGGACGAAUUAUUGCCUGACAAACAUGAUGACUACCAUAUGAUGUUGAGGUUCUUGAAAGCAAGGAAGUUUGAUUUUGAGAUGGCUAAGCAUAUGUGGGCUGAUAUGCUUCAGUGGAGGAAAGAUUUUGCUACGGACACUAUCAUAGAGGAUUUUGAAUUCAAUGAGCUUGAUGAAGUAUUAAAGUAUUAUCCUCAUGGUAACCAUGGCGUGGAUAAGGGGGGAAGACCUGUCUAUAUUGAAAGACUAGGACAAGUGAAUCCCAAUAAACUUAUGCAAGUCACAACGAUUGAUAGGUAUGUAAAGUACCAUGUCCGAGAAUUUGAGAGAAGCUUUACAGUGAAGUUUCCAGCUUGUACUAUUGCAGCAAAAAGGCAAAUAGAUUCGAGUACAACUAUCUUAGAUGUCCAGGGCGUGGGUUUGAAAAACUUUUCUAAGAGUGCACGUGAAUUGCUUAUGAGGCUUCAGAAAAUCGAUGGUGACAAUUAUCCUGAAACACUUCAUCAAAUGUUUGUUAUCAAUGCUGGCCACGGUUUUAAGCUGUUGUGGAAUGCGGUUAAAUCUUUUCUAGAUCCCAAGACGACUACCAAAAUUCACGUUCUUGGGACUAAGUACCAUACCAAGCUGUUGGAGGUAAUUGAUUCCAGUGAAUUGCCGGAGUUUCUUGGAGGUGUCUGUACGUGCGCUGAUGAAGGGGGUUGUCUUCGUUCAGAUAAAGGGCCUUGGAAAAACCCUGAAAUCAUGAAGAUUGUCCUAAGUGGUGAAGCACGUCGUUAUAGACAAGUGGUUAAAGUUCUAAACAAUGAGGGAAAGGUGGUUGCUUAUGCCAAACCUAGUUACCCAAUGCAGAUAAGAGGAAGCGACACUUCUACUGCUGAAUCAGGAUCUGAAGCUGAAGACAUUGCUUCUCCAAAAGCAACGAGGACCUAUUCUCAUCUCCGGUUGACUCCUGUUCGCGAAGAAGCUAAGGUAAUCGGGAAGACAAGCUAUGCUGGUAGUUAUGGUUACGACGAAUACGUGCCAAUGGUCGAUAAGACUGUUGAUGCUGUAUGGAAUAAGCAACCAUCCUCUCAGAGUCCAUUUGCUUCAAAAGAGCUGGAUCGUCAAAAUAAAACUUUGAAGGCGGCACAAGAAGAGAAGCAGCGAGCUUGGAUUUCAGUUUUAUUGAUGACCUUCUUCAUGACCUUGUUUGCUAUGUUCUGUUCGAUGACAAUUCACAUAAGAAAGAAGAUAUCGUGGAUUAAAGGUAACACUAACGAAGAGAUUAUUCAACCGCCAUCCCUGAAUGAUGAGGUAGUUAUACGAAAGGAGGAGACUCGUCCUCCUUCUCCAAUUCCAGCAUUCAUAGAGGCGGAACUUCUCUCGUCUGUUCUUAAACGAUUGGGAGAUCUUGAGGUGAAGGUUGAUACACUCAAAGAUAAGCCAUCGGAAAUGCCUUACGAAAAAGAGGAACUGUUGAACGCUGCUAUUUGUAGGGUGGAUGCUUUAGAAGCCGAGUUAAUAUCUACUAAAAAGGCUCUGCACGAGGCAUUGAUGAGGCAAGAGGAGCUUCUUGCAUACAUUGAUAGUCGAGAAGAGGCUAAGCUAAGGAAGAAGAAGAAGACGUUUUGCUGGUAAAAGGGUCGCGAGGGCCAGGGCGGGCGCAAUCUGUGUUCGUGUGAACCGUGUGUGGUAAUGUAUGUAUGAAGGUCGAGAAAUCUCAAUCCAUUAAACUUUUACAAAGUAGUUUGCAAAACCAUAUAUUUUACUUGAUAUAUAAGAACAUAAUAAUAUUGAUAUGAUAUUAUAAUCUUGUAUUUAACUCAAUGUUUGAAAUAGUUGCAAUUAUGGUUUGACCUUGAGAAUGCUAAUAAAAUGUGCCAUGAACUUUAAUUUUUAA